AUGUCAACCAGGAAAGUGGAUUCGACUAAGGAUAAGAAAAGACCAGCCCUCGAGGAGGCCGGUGGGAUUGAGAAAAAGCUUAUGACUAAUCCAAAUCUUAACCUACACGCAAUGAGUCACUCCCAGAUCGCUUACCAUAGCUCACUUGAGGUUAAGGAUAAGGAAAACCCUCUGCCUGCCUGUGUGGACAAAAUGGUACAGGAGGCGCCAUUUCUCAAAUACGAUACUAAGAAGAAUAUGGCUGCCAACGAAGGCGGUUUCGACAUUUUUACAAGGAUCGAGAAGCUCGAAUCCCUGACCCAGAAGCUCGAAUCCCAGAACCAGAAGCUCGAAUCCCUGACCCAGAAGCUCGAAUCCCAGAACCAGAAGCUCGAAUCCCAGAACCAGAAGCUCGAAUCACAUCGUCAGAGCCAUUUGGACCUUCGGCAAAGGGCUAUCUCUACAUGGGUACGAGAUGCGUUUAGCAAGGUCACAGAACGUCGGAAUGAGGAAAUCCGCAGAUUGAACAGAGAUAUUAUCCAUGGCGGCGAUGUUCGAUCCGAUGCUAUGGUAGUCAAUGAGCGCUAUAGCAGAAACAGUACCGAAUGGAAAAGAUUCAGUACUCUAUAUGGCCUCACCCCGGACAAUGUGGAAGACCUCGACCAACAUAAGUGCUAUAGUUCUCUACAGGCCUUGGAUAGAGCAGCCUCUAUCCUACUGAAAAAAGCUCAGACAAACCUCCCUAACGAGGCGAUUCGGAAGGAACGCGAGGACCUUGUCUCCCUGCUGCUAGAGAAGAGAUAUAAAGAGGCUGAGAAGAUGAGUAGCAAUUUUCUUUGUGAGAAAGAGUCGUCUGUGGCUGAAGAGUAG